AUGGGUAGUUGUUUCUCCACUCAAUCCCCACCCGACAAGGUGGACAACAAUGAUGUGCUAGGAAACAAGGGAAGAAAAGUUUUGGAUGCCUGUGUGAAGGUUAAGAUUUACGGCAAACCAGAAACACGCAGAUAUGAUGGCCUAAGAGCACUGCAGCUAUUUCAUGGAUGCUAUAUGCAUACAAUCGGAGUAGGAUACAAAGACUUUCUGCCAGCCGAACCCAAUGAUAAGGCAGAGAAAACAUACAGCAUUAUUGAUAUUUACAAGGCAAUGGUUAAGUAUGAAAACAUGCCCUAUGUUGAAAUAUAUCCCGAAGGGCCUGACGCAAAGAAGAUGAAAGAGUUGAUUGAUAAACGAAGAGCUGACGUUGAAAGAGAGUUGGAGGAAGCUAGAAUUAACCCAGAUGGAAGAAAAAUGUAUUCCUGGACUGUUGCACAGCACCGAGUUAGAAAUUGCUAUGCUGGGAACUUUCCUGAGGAUUUCGGUAUCACUGGUUUUUUUGCUCCUGAACCUAACAGUAUCAAGAACAUUAAAGAUAUUGUUGAUUUGUGUGAUGAAAAAGCCAUUGAAGUAUUUAGUGACCAAAGCAAAAGCAUAGACAAGAAAGCCCUUUCACACAGGGCUGACAUUCAAAAGAAGUACCAGGAUGCUCUCGCUUCUCCUGGCACUCUCUACAAAUAUACUGAAGAAGAAGCACAGGAAAGUUUAAAGAAUUGUUACUCUGAUGCUGCUGAUCGAUGUUUUGAUAGUCAUCAUUGCCAGGCAUGUGGAUAUGGUAAUCCUGAUUUCUGUAUUUAUAAACUUUAUAAUGCAGUUAGCAGGUAUGAUUUCAGCUUGCUGCCAAUUAGCAAAUACCCUGCUGAAGGACCUGGUUCUGAAGAGCUGAGGAAUUUAAUUGAAAGGCACAGGACAGAUUUAGAGAAAGAGUAUCAGAACUUUUGUAACAGUGAAGAAUCCAGGCAGCCAGUUUAUAAAUAUUCUCGUGGAGAGGCAGAGCGUCGCGUUAGAGAUUGUUUCGCCAGUGCCUUUCCUGGGGAUAGUGAUGUAUUUCCCACAAAGAAUGAUCAGAGUGGAAUGCCAAAGAUCUACCAAACUUUUGAUAUUUUUGACAUAAAACAAUCUCUGGAUUAUUUUGAUGCUAAAAAGUUUCUUGAAAAGUAUCCAGAAAAGGGACACAUAUCUGAUGAAAUAAAGAAACGUGUUGAUGAACAGAGAGAACAUAUUCUAAGCGAAUAUAAGAUUGCCACUACCAUUGUUGAAAUUGAGCAUGGUUCUGGAUUUGUCAUCAGUGACCACUUUAUACUUACCAACAGGCAUGUGAUUGAAACCUGUCUAUAUCAAAAAGGCUUUGAAAUUCGCAUUUCCAAUGCAGCCAUUGGUGAAUUACACUGUGAGGUUGUUCACAGUGAUCCUGGUAAGGAUCUUGCAUUACUGUAUUGUCCAGAUCUCAAUUUACAUCAAAGUGGAAUUUCUCCAUUGCAGUUGUCAACUCAGUCGUUGCUGCCAGGAAUGCAGAUAUUUUCUUUUGGUUAUCCCAUGAGUCACACUGAAGAAACUGCUCUUUUUGUGAAUGGAAAUGUUUCUGGUUCAAAGAGGAUCCUAUUUAACCAUUCAAUGGCAGUAUUGAACUGCUCACUGAAUUCUGGCAAUUCAGGGGGUCCAGUUCUGUCCUGGGUAGAUGGUGAGGUAAGGGUAGUUGGUGUUGCAACUCAGAAACAUUUCAAAGAGAUAUUAACUCCUGAUGAAAUUGAGGUAAUCGAGAAUUUGAGAAAAUCAUUGCAAACCCAAACUAUUUCUGAUUCCUGUCAGGUUUCAAUAAAUCUGCUCACAUUAAAACUGUACAAGGCUUUGGAGACACAUUCUCAAUUCAAUUUAAGCAAUGCAUUGCCUGCAGAUUUGGUGGUUGAGUUUAUCAGAAACUUCAUCCCUGAAUACAAAGGGGAGCAUCAAGAAGAGUUGAUCAAGGUCAUUGAGUUGUCUCAGUAAAUCAAUCAAACAUUUGAAAUUAAAUGCAGAUCCUUUAUGAUUGUAUAUUUAAAGUUUUUCAAGAUUGUUGUCAUUGAACAUAAUUUGUAGUGAGAAAUGAGAAAUUGUUUUAGGAGUAUUAAGGUUAGGGGUUGAGAUUCAAUCUAAGAUGGAUCGCAGAAUUGUGACAUUAGGUGUGCUAUGAGUUCAGAAUAACUGUUAGAAAUGCCUGUAUUGUUAAACAGGUCCUGCUACUUUUAAUGGUUCAUAAGUAUUCUUAGCAUUUGGUUAAGUUUGUUAAUUCUUUAAUAAUUAUCUCUCCUAAAGAGAAAUUUGUUUAAUUAACCCUUUAACUCCCAUGAGUGACCCAGACAGAAUUUCUCCCAACAAUAUCAAUACAAUAUCAAUCAGACAAGUGAUGAAAAUAAAGAAAAUAUCAAUCAGGGAAUUAGAAAUUGAUCCAAUACCAGAAAUUCUCCAAACUAAAAUUGCAAGAACUUUAUGGCAGACAGUAAAGAGAAUUACUGAUUUACGGAGUUAAAAGGUUAAGCAAUAAUGAACUGUAUGAAGAAACUAUGAACUUUGUGAUAAUGGAUUAUCAUUUUUCAUUGCUGAUUUUCUCAAACUAUCAUCAAUUUAGAGUGAGUAUUAUGUAGUGAUAGUGUUGUUUGGAUUUCUUAAAAUAAUUGUGGGAUAUCUUGGGGCUCUUAAAACAUAACUGUUUUUAAUGUAAAGUAGUAUCUGCCACCUGAUAGUGGUUCAGAAUUUCUAUCAUCUGUGGUGGAUAAAGUCUCAAUUUUUUGAGAACUCUCAUAGUUAAAAAGACUCUGUUUCAGAGAAGUUUGUUAAAUUUAGCAAAAGGAGGACAAAAACUUUAAAGAAAUUGUGGUAUCACCAAAAAGGGCUACCAUUUUGUAGAGAUAAAUUUAACUUGGACUUCUCAAUUUUUUGUUUUUAUUUCAUCAUAUAUACAAAGUUUUGCUCUUGAAAUAAUUGUUAGGUGCUGUGAGACACCUACUAAAUAAUCUGGUGUUGCUCAGCUCUUAAAAGCUAUUAUGA